UGGCCAGGACUACCCCCAUGUCUCAGUGGAGGGCUGGCACGGUGCAGGCCUGGCUGGAGGUUGUCAUGGCGAUGCCCAUGUAUAUCCGUAGCUGCUCAGAAAACGUGAAGAGUGGAAAGGUAAAUGUGCAACCAAUGAGAUGAUAAGGCUGCAGAAUACCUUCUUGGAACUUUUUGAUGGUGUGUCACUGGAACUGUUGUUUCAGGUCUUACUGGGACUGACUGAUGAAGACCUCCAGCUGGGUUUAGGUGUCAGCAGCUUGAUGCAUCGUAGGAAACUACGUCUGGCCAUCGAGGAUUACAGGAAUGCUGAAAACGGAGCAGGGCUAUCCAAGGCCGCAGACAUGGACCACCACUGGGUGGCCAAGGCCUGGUUGAGUGAUGUGGGUCUGCCUCAGUACUCCCAGGCCUUUCACACCCACCUGGUGGACGGACGAAUGCUGAACUGCCUCAGCCGCCGUGAUAUGGAACGUCACCUGAACGUCAAAAAACCUCAUCAGGCCAGCCUGCUGCUGGGCAUCGAACUGCUGCACCUACUCAACUUUGAUAAGGAGGCACUGCAGGCUCGACGGAUUCAGUGCGAACACCAGAAUGUGGAUCCACUGGUAUGGACCUCUCACCGGGUCAUCAAAUGGAUCAAAGACAUUGACCUGAAGGAGUUUGCAGAAAAUCUAGUUCACAGUGGAGUCCAUGGAGCUGCCAUGGUGCUGGACCCGGUGUUUGACACUGAUACCAUGGCAUCAGCCCUGGGAAUCCACAGCAACAAGCACAUGGUUCGACGUCACCUUGUUGAGGAGAUGAAAUCUCUGAUCGGCCCCGCCAGGGCAGAAGUCAAACAGGAAUAUGAGAAGUUGGGCCUUGGAUCGCCACCAAUACUGCUCCGUGUGAACUCCUUUAGCAGACAGUCAAGCUGUGCUGGUCGACUGACUGAUGAUGAAGGCUCCGUGAGACGAAGGAGUAUGAAGCCUCCGACUGGACUAAGCCCUAAAGCAACCAGUGGGCGGGACUUAAGUUGCCACAGCAGCUACGGGUCUCUGCCUCGGGAGGUUGGUGACCAAACAGAAUCCCAGAGUCCAAUCAGAACAGAGAGGAGUCCGAUCCACAGUUACAACAGCAUCGAAGUCACCAACGUGUGAGAGAGAUGUGAUCAGAGGGCGACCCCAGACCUCAGCUUUGUCGCAGCUACGUCAGCGUUCAAUAAUUUCAGAUUAUUAUACUUGUGUUAUUUCUAAAAGAAAAAGUCGUUAAAGAAACAGUUGCACUUUGGUUAGAGAGAUAAGAUUCUGAAUAAGCUCAACAAGGUGGACGUCCAAAGGACUGUGGCGUCUAGUUUGGACUCAGAAGAAGUUGAAUGUUUUUCUGUCGCUUGUUUUCGUUUACUAGUUGUUACUCUUCGGUCAGUUUCUCUUAGAGAAAAAGAUUUUUUUUAAAAACACUGGAUGAAAAUGAAAAGGGAAACAAAAGUUUUAUUAUCUGUGCUGCUUACAUUUUUUUAACUCUUUAGCUGCUUUUACAAGAACGGGUCAAGGUAGCUGAGAGCAAAAACUUGAAGUGAAUCUUAACUCCAUUGCUAAGCUAGGCUCAUGGUGUGUGUUUCCUCCUGCACAUGCACAAUGUUGUGUCUAAACAUAGGUUCACUCAACGUUUUAUACAGUGCAAUAUAUGGGGGAGAUUAUUUGGACAGUCUUAAGUGGAUGAAGCUGUGUGAGACCUAGAAUGUGACUGUAAAUAAAGAUACAAUUGCAUUUAACAAA